GAGAGUUUAGUUUAUGUGAUUUUGUUUUCUUAAAAGUAAUUUUAUUAGGAAAAGGCUUUCAUUACACGGGUAUUACAAACAUUCGCCACAAACUUGCAAAGGCCGCACCCUCGAUCUUUUGUGAAUUGGAGGGAAGUGCAGUGAUUGGUUUUCAACUGAGAUAGUUUCUGACCAAUAGGCGAGAAGCACGUUAGCUUUAAAAUCGGAUUGUCGCGCACAACGGAGUUAUACGUUGUUUCUUGAGAACUAACUGUGCAUCAUGAGCGGAAGAGGCAAAACCGGCGGUAAGGCCCGAGCAAAGGCUAAGACUCGCUCCUCUAGGGCGGGCCUGCAGUUCCCCGUUGGUCGCGUUCACAGACUGCUCCGCAAGGGUAACUACGCUCAGCGGGUUGGUGCUGGAGCUCCAGUGUAUCUGGCCGCUGUGCUCGAGUAUUUGACUGCUGAGAUCCUGGAAUUGGCUGGAAACGCUGCCCGGGACAACAAGAAGACCCGCAUCAUCCCCCGACAUCUGCAGCUGGCGGUGCGUAAUGAUGAGGAGCUGAACAAGCUUCUGGGUGGAGUGACCAUCGCUCAGGGCGGUGUGCUGCCCAACAUCCAGGCCGUGCUGCUGCCCAAGAAGACAGAGAAGGCCGCCAAAGGCAAAUAAACUGAAGUUGCAAUUUUAAACCUACCCAAAGGCUCUUAUCAGAGCCACC